CCCACCUACCUUGUCCAUACUGGUGUUAUGUGACCCGACGACCGCAUUCUUCCCUACAGGGACCUAGGGCAUGAGUGGAACUGCUGGCCAUGGCCUGGAGACAGGCGAGAAAGGCACAGAUGGGCGGGAAGGCGAAGAUGCUGCAAAAGAGACGGACACCAGCGACCAUGCACCCGCCUCGCAGCAUGCCCCAGCAGAUGCAGCCCUGCACGCCCUCGACACCGCCGUAGCCCGCACGCACAUCUCCGCCUCCUCCAGUCGACACCACUCGCCCGGCCUGCACAUCAACACGCACAUGGACACCUCCUCGCUGGGCACGGCGGUGCGACUGCAAGAGACGCCGACCAUCUAUGAAACGCCAUUGGCGGAGAGGACGAGCAGUAUUCAGUCGGGACUCACCUCGCCCGGCUCUCUGACGAUGAUUGGAUCCGCCCUGCGAAGCGCCCGCUCCAACUCCAGCAUCAACUCCAUCGUCUCUCAUGGCUCUGCCACCGCGUUAACCUCCCCUUACCUCGCAGCCAUGUCGGAUCUCACCCCGUUGCCUUCGCCUCAGCUAGGCAGCGACUCCUCCAAGCGUCAUUCCGGCCGAUUCUUCCUCGCCAGACCCGGCACUCCGCAAUCCCGCGAAGGGUCAAUGGAUGAGCUGGGAUUGGGGUUGGUGGCGGAGAAGAUGUCCCCUCCCGUGUCCAGGAAGAGGAAGGGGUACAGCAGCUUGCUACACGAUGCCAUGACGAUCAAUCCCGUUGCUAUGGGCGAGAAUAGCAGGGUCGGCGACGAAAGCCAUGGCAGGAAUAGGAGUAUAUCAGACUUCACGCCCGAGCAUCUGCAGAACCUACGGCAACGGCACGUCACAUACGGUCCCGGUGCAGCGGCCGAUAUUGAAUCGCAGGAGCAUCAUAUGCAUAGAGAAGAGUACCUGGCCACGAAAAGAGGUCUUACUGCUCCCAUUACCGACGACAAGCAGCAACAGCUUCCCACCCCACCCGCCAGUAACUCCAGCGUGGGCGAGAGCGAUGAAGCGGAGGAUGAACAGCCGCUUCUGACCGACGGCUCCCGAGCCGAAUAUCUAGUUAUCCGAUGUGGAGUGCACAACAAGCGACGGAAAUUCCGCGAGCUUCGACAGCUGGGACAAGGCACUUUCUCCAAAGUCAUGCUGGCCACGUCCGAGAAGAUCCCCGCACACCCAACACCCGAGAUUGAAGAACACCUCGACAGUCACAAGCUCGUUGCCGUCAAAGUUGUCGAGCAAGGCCCAGCAGGCGGCGCCGACGAGCAACGCAUCGAGAUUGGACUGAAGCGCGAAGUCGAAAUGCUGAAAAGCCUUUCCCAUCCCUCGUUAAUCCAUCUCAAAGCCUGCGAGUACCAAGAGUCCCGCGCGCUCCUGGUCCUCACCUACUGUCCGGGCGGUGACCUCUUCGAAUUUGCCAGUCAAAAGCGCGAGCUUCUCACUCCCCCUCUGAUACAGCGCAUCUUUGCCGAACUGGUGCACGCCGUUCGGUAUCUGCACACCAAUUGGAUCGUACAUCGCGACAUCAAGCUGGAAAACGUACUUGUCAACUUGCCCCCUGCCGCUCUACAAUCUCUGCAAGACCCCCGCACCCAUUCGACACCUAUCGUAACACUCACCGAUCUCGGCCUCAGCAGGCGCAUUCCCGAACCCCCGGAAUCCCCUCUACUCACCACUCGCUGUGGGUCAGAGGACUACGCCGCCCCCGAAAUCCUACUCGGCCAACCAUACGACGGCCGCUCCACGGACGCAUGGGCGCUCGGAGUCCUGCUGUACGCGCUGAUGGAGGGGAGACUACCCUUUGACGCGCCACCGGGCAAGCCAGAGCGCAGCCGAAACACGCAUCGAAUCGCGCGGUGCGAUUGGAUCUGGUGUCGAUUCGGGGACGAUGAUGGGGAGUGGGAUGCCAAGAAGAGUGGAGGAGAAUUCGAGGGCGCGAGAGCGUGUGUUGAGGGUUUGCUGAAGAAGGUCAGGAUGGGGAGGAAGUCGGUGGAGGAGAUUGGCAAGAUGGAUUGGGUGGAGGAGGGGAUUCGAGUGGUGGGCGGCUUGAAGCCUCGGGUGGUGGAUGAGGAUGAUGGGUUGUUUUGAUGGGAUCUUGAUUCAUAGACGCAAAAGUUGCAUCUGAGCGACCUGUGAAGGUCAGGGAGAGGGCCCGAUGCUGGAAGAGUGUAUGUCAACCCUACCUUAGAACAUCGUGCACGGACUGUAUAACAGCGUUUGAGCACCUCGCCUGAAGAGCAUCAAACUGC